GUUAUAAAAAUAUUAAGAUUUAGGUUACUAAUACGUUAUUACUUAUAAUGGCAGCCAGUUGGUCGGAUUUGGCAAUAUUUUUUUUAGGCAAAACACGUGGAAAGGAUGACGUUUCGAUUGCUCCUCGUAGAAAAAGCAACGUACCUCUAACGAUUUCACCAGUAAAACCUGUAAUGAAGUUCAUGCCAACGUAUCGUCUGGAGUCUAUUAAACCAUUGAAUAGAGAAAUCUGCGAAAAAAUUAUAAAAAGUGUUUGUGAUACUGCUUUCGCUACAUUCACGUAUUCCCCAAAAAUCGCACUGAGAGUUGCUACUGAGGUUAGUGAGGAGAUAAAAAAUCGUAUUAAAUCACACAAUUUUGAUAGGUAAGU